UCUCCCCAUAGUAAUAACCUCUUUCAGAGAAGGUUAAAAAGAGACAGUGCACAUGCUCAGAAAUGCUGCACUUGUUCUGUUAGCAGUUUGCAGCGGCCAUUUCAAAGAGACCAUCACAAAGACAAGAGAGAGAUCAGAGAAGCACCCAAGAUGCUGGCACCCUGCCUUCUGAGAACAGUGGUCCUUACAGUUCCUUUAGUUUUUGUGGUUGCACUGCUUCUCAUGGAGCCUGUUAGAUCUGAUCAAGAAGCGGGAACAGCCAUACCAGCUGAAAGUCGUCCCUGUGUUGAUUGCCAUGCAUUUGAGUUCAUGCAGAGAGCUCUGCAGGAUUUAAAGAAGACAGCAUAUAAUCUGGACACACGGACAGAAACUCUGCUUCUUCAGGUGGAAAAGAGAAAUCUGUGCGACUGUGUAACUGCAAAUCUGCUGAACUGAAUCCUGGAGGCCAGCUAAGGAGUAUCACCUGUUCAGCGGUUUUUAAAAGGCAGCUGUAUAAAAUACAGCUUUAUGGAGUUCGUGUUGCAAGCAUGUAUGCCUCAAUGAACUGAGGAAACUGGGGGGUUGUGUCUUACGUAUUUGUCUGUUCUGUUUUUUUUUUUUUUUUUUUUUUAAAUAGUACCCUCUUUUAAUAUCCACUGGGUUGCCAGUAAGGGCUUAGUUCAGUAAAUCUGUUACUUGAUAUUAGAGUCAGGGGGAAAUUGACCUGCUUUGAUUUUUAAAUCAGAGUUGACCAAGUGUAACCCACAAGAUAAAUAUGACCAGCAGUGGUCUAGAGACACUUGCAGCUGUUUUUUGUCUCUAAAAUUAAUAUAUCUCUGUGGCAACUUACCCAGUUAUAUUGAGACAAGGAGUUGUGGUCUCUGUAGGCUUUACCUGUAUAUUAAAGAUGAUGGAAGUAUUUUCUGUUUGUUAUCUGCACUGUGACCACGUUCAGGCAUGUUGUAGUUCUGUCAGCUGUAAUGAGGUACGUGUCAUGAGGAGGUAUAUAUGUGCUGUACUUGGACCAAAACAGUUUGUAUCUUACUGCUGACUUUUAUGCAUAAGAGUAUUGUCUUCUUUAAUUAAAAUCCUUAGUUUCUUCCCCUCCUUCCCCAGACACUCCACUCUUAACCCACUGUAUCCUAAAUAGCUUUAUCUUAGCAGGUCAAAUGGGUAUAGUAAAAGAAGGAGAAUAAGGGCAUGACUAGGCAGCCUUGCCAGUUCUGGUUGUACCAAAUGCUACCACCAGCAACUGCUCAGCAUCACAUUGAAGGAAAGUUACCAGCUCCGUGCAGCACCAAGAAGUUUCUUCAUGAGAAGGUAUUUAUUUUACUUAAGAUGAAACACAGUGGUUAGGUCAUGCAUAUUUGGUCCAUUCUGCGGUGGACUGAACUCUGAAUGUUUUGGUCUUUCCCUGUAGUUGCCUUUGAAGGCUGCUCUUUUUGUUUCAGGCAUGAAGACAGACUUGUGCACCUGAAAGCUGAGGUUAUUUUUAUCCUCAACUCUACCACUUUAUUCUAAGAUAUGUGUCCACCCACAAGUCUGAAUUAGGCUGAGCAGUUUGAGUAGAUGCUCUGAGUUUUUUUGCCGUGAUUUAGAGCUGUAUCAAACCAUUCCAGCAGUGGGGCUGUGGGGUGCUAACCUGGCUUAGGAAGUGGAUGGGAGGUGGACAUCUGAAGGCCAAAACGUCUUCAGCUAAAUUUGGAAGAGGUGCCUGCCUGCGGCCUUACUUCUGUAACUAAACCGGUGGGACUUUGCUGGAAGGGGAUGAGAGAUGAAAUAUAAUUGCUGCUCUGCCAGUGCAGCUGUAGGUAUGGUAACAAACAGCUGGGGGAGCAGAGGAACAUUAUAGACAGCGUCAGUGGCUCACCAGACCUGUCCAGCACUUGGAAAAGCAAUUCCUGCACACUGAGAGCUGCAGCAUGCCUUUCUGCAUGGGACCAGGACAUAGGCCAGCACAGGAGCUCCAAGUGAACUAGAGAGGGGAUUCUGCUGUUAUUUUUUCAAAUUCCCACAAGGAGCACCUGUGCUGUGUGUUUUUUUCCUAAGCCUGUUCACACAGCACAGAAGCACUGGCACUGCUCAUAUCCAGCUGCUGGGCAAAAUACGAGAAACUGCAAUCCUCACCUGUAGCUCCACUCCCAGAGAGUGGGAAGGGAGAGCAGUCUUUCACUCAUGCAUGGCAGACCGUUUGCUUCUUGGAGCAAGGCUUCCUUUGGAGGGCUUCAGCUGAUCCUGGCUGUAGCAGAAUGGCAUCUCAAAGCUGGUCGGCUUUUGCUGCAGUUGGGUCUUCCCAAUCUUGUUCUAGCUUGGCUUUGUUCAGAGGCUUUGCUCUGGACCUGCCUUGGCUCUCCUCUCCAGUGCAACCUCCAUUCACGCUUCUCUCUAGGCCCAGGGAUUUCUUGCUGAAUCCCUGUCCCUCCCAUCCUGAUGACUCUGCAUAUAGUCACUGCAAGUGUGGGCAGUGGGGCUAGUACUCCUCAGGUCGGUGGUCCCUUUAGAUUCUGCUGGCAGCACUGCGGGAACAAUGAGCGGCAUUCCAGUUUACCAAGGAGUGAGUGAACACCAACCAACAUUCCCACUGCAGAAUUGGGAAGAAGUCCCAGAACAGUUCAAUGGUGAAAACUCUGCUCCCAAAGCUGAGUUAGUCUGUGGACUGUCCACCAGGUUGCGGUAAGCUCACCAGCUUUUUAUAUGUGUGGACAGGAACCCAGCCAUGGUCAGCUGCUGGUUUUGCCAGGCAUUGAGUAAUAAGAUGUUCUGACACACCUGGAAACACCUGUAAAUCUUGGUGAAUUUUUCCCUUGGUGUCUGCACAGACAUUGGCUUGAGCAAAAGAAAAUCUGACCACAUGGAAAUACUUUCCUUCAGUCAUUUUGCUACACCCCUACCUUCUGAUUCACAUUGCCAGAACUGGGGUAGUGAAUCACAGGACAUGCUAGCUGUUGCCCCAAGAGAAAGCAGCCAGGAGGGGAAUAACUUUCUCAUUCUCUUCCUCAGCAUCUGAAAAAUUAAAGAUUCCCUUGAGUCUGCAGAAGAUCCAUUAGAAUGAGGAAUUUCCUAGUGGAAAUCGCUGUAUGCUCCUUUAAAGCCCACCUUACCUAUUUUCGUUUAGUUGAAUGACUGUUCUGUGUUACCUCUUGUUCAAAACCAUGAAAAUAGCAGGAGAGCAGAAGACAGCUAAUAUGUCACCAGUUCUAAAAAGCGAUUGUCAGGGAGGUCAGGGAAUUGCGCCCAGCAAACAGAAUAUCUGUUCUGGGCAAGUGAACAGAAACUUUUGAAGGAUUUGAAUAUGUAAACUCAGGGUUUAAUAUGACACAGUGAGAGGAGUCAAGGCCGUUUUUAUAGAGCAAAAGAAUACAGCAGAACCAAAUAAACUGCUGACAAAAGCAGCUAGGGUAAUCCAAAGUAAUGUACGGACUAGGAGUCUUCAGUCUAGACAGAGAUGACUGAAGAAGGAGAUGAUAGAAUUUUAUAAAACCAUGAGUGACCAGAAAAUGACUGUUUGCUGUCCCUUCCCAAACAAGAAGUGGGAUGCCUUGAACAGAACCAGCUGGAGGCAGGGUCAGAGCAAAUAGGAGAGUGAAGCUCUUGACCUAUUGCAUGUUUCAGUUGUGGAAUUCCUCAUUGCAGGAUGUUGCUGAUGUUAAAAAUUUACAUGUGUUUAAAAAGCAUCUGUUCAGACUCAUGCCUGAAAAUCCUAUUGCAAACUGUUAAAUAUAAAAACAGCAACUUUGAUUCAGGAGGUCCCUAAACCACCAGUUCUUGCAGGUUAACAGUGUUGUAGGAAGACGUCGUAGUUGACCUGGGUAUAUAUUUUUCCCUACACAUUUCUUAUUGUUCAGUGCUAAGGAUGAGAUAUUGGCCUCAGAAGGAUCUGUGGUGCAAUCUGGUGCGGUUGUUCUUAUGUGUAGAAAUGAGCUGCUUCUCAAAUUCAUAAAGCAAACCUCCCGGUGCUCCAGAAAGCCACUCCUUGUUACCCCUUAGAAACAAAUAUUUUUAGAAAGUCUUGAAGUUCUGGGUUUCCCCAUUGCCCACGGACAGGGCACCAUUAAUUAGGCUCAUGGCUUUGGUUCUGCAGCCCAGUACAUUGCAGAGACCACUCCAAAGGGAGAAGGCUCCUUUUUGAAGGGAGCCCUUUGUGCUGGCCAUUGGAUGAGCAGAUCAAUUCUCCUGUGCCAUAAAGAAAUCUUGCAGCAAUCCACUUGUGAGUAGCAACCACUUGUGCAUGUGAAAAAUGUCUGAAACUGAUUGUAUGUUACUGUGGUCAUGCUGCUGAGCUGGGAAAUCUCUUCCAGACUUAUGGUACCGUGUCUUUGGUGGUUCUGGCGCUAUUUUGUCUCUUGUCCCUCUUCAUCUAUGCAUACAGUAUUUUCUCUGCCCUCUGACAUUUUUAACAUGUAAAACAGAAAGUGUUAGUACAAACAGGCUUUCUCUUCCCAUCAUACUUAAAAGUGCCGCUGUGCCUCCUACAAGAAGUGCAUUUUUUCUCCUCAAAAUCCAAUACAAAAGUCCCUGCUAAAUCCAAACUGUUGUUUCAUAUGUAUUUAAUACGUCCAUCAGAACAUGCAUGCGUCCUUCUCACUGUCCUGUUUUAUUCCGUGAACUACAUUAUGUGGUUGUCUCUGGCUUUCUAACUGCACUGAAAGCUGUCUGGGGCAAAGAAGUUGUCAAUAGCACUGAAAGGUGGCCAUCACACCUUCAGGUGUUAUGAAUUUAUUAAAUAAAAACCACAGUGUAAAAUA